AUGGGGAAAUCGGUAGGGGUUCGUUCGGGUGGGCAAGGGCCUAAGGUGCUCUCUCUGUUCGUGUUGCUGGCGGUGGGGCGGCGGGCCGGAGCGCAAGAUCUGGUCAUGAUGGUGUCGUUCGACGGAUUCCGGCACGAUUACUUCUCCGUCGCGGACACGCCCAAUUUCGACACGUUGAGGGAGGAUGGGGUCUACGUGCCGAAGAUGAAGCCGAUCUUCACGACCCUCACGUUCACGAAUCACCACGCCAUCGCCACGGGUCUCUACGCCGAGACUCACAUGGCCAUCGCGAACGCGCUCAUCGAUCCCGAGACGGGGGAAUAUCAUUACCUGUUCGAGGAUGGAGACGGUGUUCUCACCAAAGAUCCCCGCAUCAUCCCGAUCUGGGUAGUUCCAUGUCAUUUUCGGGAGGUCUAA